CCCCCCCUCUCAAUACAGUGACGGAUAGAUAAUUCGAUCCAGAACCAAGUCCAUGCGAAGGGGGGAAGGGGGGAGGAACAAAAUUCGUUUCUAAAUCUAUGGAGUUCGGGUUUUCUCGUCCAGAUCUUCAGGAGUCCUUGUUACUCCCCUCCCAUGGAAUUCAUUCGAUCUUUACGAAAUAACUUGGCUGAAUAUUCUUUCCAUCCCCUUUUUCUGAUUCCUUUCCCCGGUGCUCGUGCAACCAUAUUCGAUUAAAACACAACUCUGGUACGAUUUUUUCCACCCCCUCCCUCUCUUUCCUCUUUUCCCUCCAGCUAUCUCGGCCCAUUCUCGUUCUACGAGAGAGACCUAGCUCCAGCAAUAUGCGCAUCGCGAAUUUGAUCAACGCGGCGCUCGUCUCCCUCUUCUACAUGAUCGUUGGAGUCACUGGUGCGAGGGUUACGACUCCAACGAGGACUUUGGUCGAGAGGUGGGGUAGCUCCUACACUUGCGUCUCUCUCAGCGCCACUGUCCUUGCUGGUUUUGUGAACCUCUAUUCUUCAUUGUGUAUCUGUCUUGGUGAUGGUCAAAGCAUGGAAGGUCCGUUUCCACAAACAGCAAUACUGAACAUCAUCAGUGACGUGGGUUGUUGCCCAUGCAUUUGCAUGAUGUUGCCCCCUCUUUCUCUUUUUUUUUCACAGACUGGGUCAAUAGUUGCGAGGAUCAGAACGUUUCCCAUGCUCGUUCCAAGCUGGGCACUAUUCUGCUAUCAGCUCAGUUGCAAGCGCUUUACGAGCAAUACAAAUGCUCGUACCCGCCUCACGCCGUUCCUAUCCAAUGUCAUGCAACCUGUGAUUUCACUUGCCAGGUCAGCAUGGAAAAUUGUCCGCUAGAUAUAUCUUUUUUUUUUCUGACCAUAUUCCACCCGUUCAACUCUCGCUCGCAUGUGGCGCUGCCACUACUUACAGGCACCGUACAUUAAGAAAAACGGCAAGUGUGUUCUUCCCCCCUCGUCCGGCC